AUGCAGACCUUUGUAAAUGUUUUUCUGGGAUUUUUUAUCUUUGAGUCUGUUGUAGCUGCCCCUAUCAGUGAUACCAUAAUUUAUGAUUCUGAGUUCUAUGACAUACCACUUGGAGAGCUGCCUCAUCCAUUUGCCUAUGAUGAAAACAAGCAGUCUGACCAAGUAGAGACAGAUAUUGGGAUAAAACUACUGUCUGCAAUUCAAGAGAGUUAUUCUUCUGCACCAUUGACAGAAGAAACUGAGGAUGAAGCAUCUACACCAAAAUUAAUUGAUGGGUCUUCAGCGCAGGGGUCAGGGGUUCUUGGACCCCAGACUCAAGAUGGUCUUCCCACGUGCCUUUUGUGUACAUGCCUAGGGACCACAGUCUACUGUGAUGAUCGUGAGCUUCAUGCUGUUCCACCAUUGCCUAAGAAAACCACCUAUUUCUACUCACGCUAUAACAGAAUCAAGAAGAUCAGCAGAAAUGACUUUGCAAACUUAAACCAUUUGAAGAGGAUUGAUUUGACUGCAAACUUCAUAUCAGAUAUCCACAAAGAUGCCUUCCGAAGAUUGCCCCAACUUCAGGAGCUGGUGCUCCGUGACAAUAGGAUAAGGCAACUGCCUGAAUUACCAUCUACCUUAACAUUCAUUGAUGUUAGUAAGAACAGACUUGGUCGCAGAGGGAUACCAAAUGAGGCAUUUAAAAAUCUGGAUGAACUGCAGCAUCUUUAUAUCACUGACAAUAACUUGGAUCACAUUCCCUUGCCGCUCCCUGAAAGCCUCCAAGCUCUUCAUCUUCAGAACAACAACAUUCAAGAGAUGCAUGAAGAUACUUUCUGCAAAAGGAGAGAUUUUACUUAUGUGCGUAGGGCUCUUGAAGACAUCAGGCUGGAUGGCAAUCCCAUCAACCUGAGCAAAACACCUUAUGCUUACAUGUGUCUACCCCGCUUGCCAGUUGGUAACCUCAUCUAA